UGUGAGAGAGAUUCACAGUGUGGUGGUGGAAUGUGUUGUGCCAUCAGUCUCUGGAUACGUAGCCUGCGGAUGUGUACACCGAUGGGACUGGAAGGAGAGGAAUGCCAUCCCAUGAGUCACAAGGUUCCAUUUGAUGGGAAAAGACUUCACCACACUUGCCCUUGUUUGCCAAACUUGGCAUGUAUUACUACAGAGGAAGGCAAGUCCAAAUGCCUCCCACCAUACAAGUAUCACAACUAUUAUCUUUAAACAAUAUCCACAGUCAUGUGAAGAGCUGUAUAAAAUGUAUAGUGUUGUUUUUGUUUAGAGAAUUUAUAG